UUUUUCUUCCCCUCUGCUGCUAGCUGUGCUGUUUGGUUGACCAGAAAGAGCCAGGAAACCAUGGAUGUCGAUCUGACCCCCAAGCUCCCCAAGAAUGUUUUCGGAGGCGACGGCGGCUCCUACCAGGCCUGGUGCCCCGACGACCUCGGCAUGCUCAAGCGCGGCAACAUCGGUGCCGCCAAGCUCGGCCUACAGAAGAAUGGCCUUGCUCUCCCCCGCUACUCCGAUUCCGCCAAGGUCGCCUAUGUUCUUCAAGGUAACGGAGUGGCCGGAGUUGUCCUCCCGGAGAAGGACGAGAAGGUAAUCGGGAUCAGGAAGGGCGACGCCAUCGCGCUCCCCUUUGGCGCUGUGACCUGGUGGUACAACAAGGAGGACACGGAGCUGAUCGUCCUGUUCUUGGGUGACACCUCGAAGGGCCACAAGGCGGGUUCGUUCACCGAUUUCUACCUCACGGGUACCAACGGCAUCUUCACCGGCUUCUCCAGCGAGUUCGUCUCGCGGGCCUGGGACGUCGACGAGACCACCGUCAAGGCUCUCGUCGGGUCCCAAUCGGGGAAAGGAAUCGUCAAGCUCGACGGCUCAAUCAAGCUCCCCGAACCGAAGAAGGAGGAUCGCGAUCGAUUGGUGUACAACUGCGAGGAAGCCCCCCUCGAUGUCGACAUCAAGAAUGGAGGAAGGGUGGUGGUGUUGAACACCAAGAAUCUCCCCUUGGUUGCGGAGAUCGGGCUGGGCGCCGAUCUGGUGAAGCUGGAUGGAGGCGCAAUGUGCUCCCCUGGCUUCUCCUGCGACUCUGCGCUGCAGGUGACUUACAUUGUGAGUGGAAGCGGCAGGGUUCAGGUUGUGGGCGUGGAUGGCAAGAGGGUGUUGGAGACUACCGUUAAGGCUGGGCAAUUGUUCAUCGUGCCCAGGUUCUUCGUCGUGUCGAAGAUCUGUGAUCCCGAUGGAAUGUCAUGGUUCUCAAUCAUCACCACUCCAGAUCCGGUCUUCACCCACUUGGCUGGAAGGACGUCGGUGUGGAAGGCACUGUCGCCGGCGGUGCUGGAGGCCUCUUUCAAGGUGUCGUCGGAGGUUGAGAAGAAGUUCAGGGGUACUAGGACUUCCGAUGAGAUUUUCUUCCCACCAUCCAAGUGAGCUUUUGCGAGCAGUAUCCACCAGAGAGUGACCUGCUGAACAGUUUCUGUCGAUCAAUCGUUCUCAAUAAAAAGACAAUAGGAAUCAGUAAAUGUUAGGCUUUUCCUAUUUUUUUAUGUCGCUUUCCUUUUCUCCUUUUGCUACCGUCGUCGAAUUUCGGUUUGUGACUGUGAAUAUUAUUGGAA